CCCGCCGUGAGCCUUUCAUUGGAACUCCACAUCCCAGGAACACCCGCAGAAGAUCAACAGUCCCUUUUGCGCGAAAACGCAAUUUUAUAAAAUCAAUGUCCUCCCCAAUUGGAGCAAAUUAUGAAGAUGAGGUGGAGUUUGUGUCAGAGGCUCCACUUAGACCUGUACUGGAAUGUAUUGAUUUACUGAGUGAUGGGGAAGACGAUGGAAGUUUACCCACAGCCGAGACAAUUGAAGAUGAGAUUGACCGACAGAAAGCUCAGGUCACCUCAACUUUGGACAGACUAGCUCGCCAAGUGGCUGUGGCGAAAAAGGAAAGAGCAGAGAAGUGUAAAGCCUUCAAGGAGAAGCAAAUCUCACAAAAGGCUCAUGGACGGCAGGAGCUGGCAUUUAGUCCCAAUGGUAACGCAUAUGACUCCAAGCGCUGUGUGGAUAUGUGGUUAAAGAUGCCAGGUGUGAAACCUGGGGUCAUCAAUACUGGAGCUAGCUGGAGACGCAGACAGGUCCCCUUUCCCACCAGCAGCUCAUCCACACAUACCUGUCCAGUGAUCAACUGUGGUCGGGUUUAUGACAACGUACCUCUCCUAGAAGGUCACUUGAAAAGGUUUGACCACUCUCCUUGUGACCCGACCAUCUACCUGAAAGGAAGCCCAACCGAGCUGUUUGCUUGCGUUGCUUGUGGUCUUCAUUUUGAAACCAAAGAAGCUUGGAAGGUGCAUCAGCAGUCAAAGUUGUCCUCCCCUGAUGAAGACCAUGACCACACUCAGACCUGCCAGCCGAUCGUGUGCUUCGCCUGCCCUGCCUGCUAUCUCCUCUUUUACAUCAGGGACGAGUGCCUCCAGCAUAUGUCGGCCAAAAACCACUUCUCUCAGUCCAUCAUCAUGAGUGAAACUAAAGGGACAGCAUUGCCAGUUCCCUUCCCACGAUAUGCAAAGAAUCGUCUCAUUGCUUUGUGUAAGGAAGUUUCAUUCAGCGUGAGAUGUACGACAUGCCAGAAGGGGCUUAACUCACACAUGGAAGCACAGGCCCACUUCAAUGUGCAAUGCAGACAGGGCGCUGCCAGGGCUGAGGCAGAGAAAACAGUGGUGCAGGUCAUGAAACAACUACAAGUGCUGGGCCAGUGCGCUGUGUGUUGCAAACUGUUCCUCAACCAAGGUGAUGUUGAAAGGCAUAAAGAAUUGAGUCAGCACAAUACUGAGGUCAACUGCACCAUGGAAAAGGCAAUUCUGCACUACAGCAAUUUCUAUGAAAUCCAACACGCCAAGAGGGCUGCAGCGACGUCACGGCCCAAACAGUCAAAAGGUCCUGUAACCCCCUCUUGGAAAAGGGACAAGGAGAGAGGUGAUUCUGUUGGAUCCCCAGCCAAGCGCCAGAGACGCGAGGGAGCUUUGAAUGGCAGCGCUGGGACCUCAAGGAGUUGCUUGAUAGUGGCGUGGUUUUGUGAGUGUGGUCAGCGCUUUUCAGAGGAGGCCAUGGCCAGCAAGCACCUUUUUGCUGCCAAUCGGAUCUUCCAUCAAUGUGGCGUGUGUGGAAAGCAUAUGGGCGAGUCAUCCAUCACUCGCCUGCACAUGAGCCGUUUUCACGGCGGUGCCCACCUCUCAAACUUCCUCUUCCACUGCCGGCUGUGCAAGGUUGACAUGCCGCGUCACGAGGACAUCCUGUUGCAUGUGUCAGAGGCCCACAGUGGACACACUUACUUCAGGGAGAGAGAGGUAUCGGACGAGGAGCCUGCUCCCAUUCCCUAUGCCAAACCCUCCACCAGUGGCAGACCCAGCGCCCUCACUGAUAUCAGGACUAGAACUACAACUCCCACACCUCUUCCCAAACAGGACGAGAGGUGGAUUUGCAGGAUGUGUGAGGACAUCUUUAACUCGGAGCAAGCUGUGCACAAGCACUGCAGAGACGUGAGCAACCACAGUUUCCAGAGGUUUGCCUGUGGCCACUGCCCACAGAAGUACUUCAAGGAGGCCACAGUACGCAGGCACUGUGUGAACGAGCACAGCAACCAAAUAGUGACGCGGUACUUCUGCGGGCUCUGUGACAGCAUGGAGUAUGACACUGAGGGGGAGUUCCAAGAGCACUAUAGGGGCCUUCACAGUAAGGACUACUACCGCAUGGAUGAGCCUGAGGUUGAUAGACCCACUGAGGCCGAAAACUCCAGUCCAUUGGCAACAGCCGGUGAAAGGCAUGAAUGUCUGUGUCCAUGCAUGUCAUCAGAAAAGGACAAAGAUGAAAGGAAGGCUACCUUCACACGAUGCAUGAAGCGGCUAUCCAGUGAAGACGAAUGCAGCUACGUGUGUGCACCAUGCGACGUCCAGGUGUCCUCCUUUGCCCAGAUAAAGACUCAUGUCCACUCUCAACACAAAGCCUUGGGGCUAGAGAAUACCUUUGACGUGGUGUGUGGAUCCUGUCAGGAGAGUCAUAAGGACGUUCCCAGUUUCCAUAACCACUACCACUCCCAGCACUGCCCUCUGGAGCCUUGCUUGAGCUCCAGGGAUGGGGGUGAGAGUCAUACGGGGAAGGCAGCAGCUUCUUCCGCUGUCAAGACUCUGGUUGCUGUGGAGAUCAAACCAGAAGUGAAUGAGGAGGAGUUUGAAGAUGUGAAACAUGCCAUUGCUAUGAACUUGGAUGAGGUCAGAGAUGGCGCUGAAGCUCAUGGAGAUGAAUCUGAUGAGGAGAUGAAGCGGGCCUUGGCUUUAAGUGUGGAAGAAGCAAGAGAGCCAACUGACCUUGAUAUUGCAUUACAUGCUUGAAGAAUAACCUCAGUAGAUGGAGGAAGCGCUCAAAAGAAGCCUUCUGGAAUACUGAUCAGCGAAUGUUAUUUUCUGGGAACCUGUCAUUAAUUUGGCUUAUGGCAUUUUAUGAUUUUUGUUUUAUGUGUAACAUAUCAGUUACUUUCAACACUUCAAGACAGGGUUGUACCGAUGUGAUUACACAGUAAUAACUGUAGUAACAACAUUAUUUGCGAACUAUAAAGAUUGAGGCAUACCAUGUAGGCAUCUUUAUCACAUGUUCAGAGCUUUUUAUUUUAUUUAAUAAAGAUGUUUAAUUAUUUUCUUUC